AUGGGUGUUGGUCAGGAGCUCUCUGGUUGUCAAAAAAUAUCAUUCUUUUUUAGAUCCUUGUUCUUUUUUUACUUAUAUCCAGUUUUUUCUAAACUGAAGUUCAUUUACUGGUGGUUUAUUUCAGGGAAGAAGCCAAAACCCUCUCGUCCUGAGUCCCCUACCACAACUCCAAACAUAUCUGUGAAAAAGAAAAACAAAGAUGGAAAGGGAAACACAAUUUAUCUCUGGGAGUUUUUACUAGCACUGCUUCAGGACAAAGCUACGUGUCCUAAGUAUAUCAAAUGGACUCAAAGAGAGAAGGGCAUCUUCAAACUUGUAGAUUCCAAGGCCGUGUCUAGAUUGUGGGGAAAACACAAAAACAAACCUGACAUGAAUUAUGAAACAAUGGGUAGAGCUCUCAGAUAUUAUUACCAAAGAGGAAUACUGGCUAAAGUAGAAGGUCAGCGCCUAGUGUAUCAGUUUAAGGAAAUGCCAAAAGAUCUCGUCUAUAUAGAUGAUGAAGAUGCAAGUCCUAGCACUGAAUCAUCAGAUUCAAGUUUGCUCUCAACUCCUGUGGCCAGUAGAAACCAGUCGAGCAGAUCUAGAGCGUCUGCAAACACAGGAACAAAGGGAGGAUCCACCACAGUUCUAAAAACAGGAAAUUCAAAGCCUGCUAAGCUUAAGGAGCACGUAGAAGUCGUACAGCAGCAGACACCUGGCUUGACUUCAGAAGUUUUGAGGACAAUGCAGUCUACGCAGCCAGUACAUCCCACUCAGCUUUUUCGGACAGUUCACGUAAUGCAGCCAUUGCAUACCCUCACAGAAGGACACGCAGCUGUAACCAGUAACGUUCCAGAUGAAACGUUAAGUCCCUCAGUUCAGAAUAUAAGGACUUUACAGACUCCAACCCAAGUUCCAGUGGUUGUUUCUCCUGGAAAUCAGCAGCUGCAUACUGUAACACUCCAGACGGUGCCUCUUACUACAGUGAUAGCCAGCACAGAUCCAGCCUCAGCAGCAACGCCCCAAAAAUUUAUUUUACAAGCCAUUCCCACUUCACAGCCCAUGACAGUUCUUAAAGAAAAUGUCAUGCUACAGUCUCAGAAGCCAGUUUCACCUCCUUCCUCAAUUGUGCUGAGCCCAGCACAAGUUCAGCAGGUUCUCACCAGCAGCGUGCAGACAAUUUGCAAUGGAACAGUUAAUGUGGCUUCAUCUCCAUCCUUCACUGCCACCACCCCAGUGGUAACUUUUUCACCCAGCAGUUCACAGGUGGUUGCUCAUCCAUCUGGCACAGUGAUCACUUCAGUUAUUAAAGCAACAGAAGCUAAACAGAUUGGGGUACAAGGAGUGCUAAAAGAAGAUGACGGUGACAAAUUAGAUGAUCCUGAGCAGUCAGAGCAGAGAUUCCAGCAGCAGCCGUUUGUGAUGGUAGUAUCCAGUUCAAAUAAUUUCCCAUCUAACAUACAAGCAAAGCAAGAAAAUGAGCCAUUGGAACCUAGUUCAUAUUAAUAAGUUAAAAAAAAAAAAAAGACCCUGUGGAUGAUUAUUUUCAUAAAUGUGAUGGGACCUUUUCAGUUUUGUAUAUAUAUAUAAUUUGAUUCAGAAGCAAGACGUUAAAAAGCUACUUAAUUUCUGCAUUUAAUUGUUAGAAUUCAUGCUUUAGAACAGAUUUUGAUUUUCUGUUAAUUGCUAAAUGUUAUCGUAAAUAAAACUGCGUAUUACUUAAUGUUUCAAAAUACAGGCAUGAAGAAACAUGCUUUUUAUGUUACGAAGACGUUAUUUUGAGGUUGUUGGCCAAAGUUCCAAACUUCUUUCUUACUGUAUGUUUUCAGGCUGUUGCUGAUUUACAUUGCAAUAAGAUUAUUAUAACCUUUUUCUGUUUAAUCUGUACAUGUAUCAUUUAGCUUUUGAAGCAACAGUUACUUUUCAUUGGACGUUUUCAUUCCAUGCGUAUGAAUGUUUAUGAAUAUCUUUCAUACCAGUGAAUUACAUCCAUUUUACAUGUUGAUAACCAGAUCUCCUCUUGCAUUUUUUUUUUUGCAGCACAAGCUCUUGUGUGUGCAAAACGGAAUAUACACUCCUGUUGAGAGUACACAAAACAUUUAUUUCAGUAAUGGACAAUGCCAUGUCAAUAUUUUAUAAGAAAACAUCAGAUAAAUAUAUUUAAUUACAGAAGCUAACAGCAUCACUACAGGUGCAAAAGUUUCAUGCCAUUUUGUGACUAUGAAGCUUAACAAUCUUGCUUUCUACUUCAAAUUAUUUUGUAGGGGGGAGGGAGAAAAAAAUAUAUACAAUUUAUGCAGAUAUUCUGAGAUUAAUACUGCUAAGAGUUCUUUUUGAUUGUAAAUAAUGUACAUUCAAUAAGGAAGUUUUUUCAGCUAAUUUGUUUCCAUACAAAUUUUUGAUAGAAGAAAAUAAGAUCAUUAUGUUUAGAGGUUUAAUAUUAUAUGUAUUCAUAUUACAGAGUGAAUUUGUAUUUAAAGACAAAUUUUUAAAUGAUGGAGCCCUCUGAACCUUUGGUUCUUGUCUUUUGUAUUUUUAAUUGGUUUAUUAUGAAAAUAAAUCAAAUGGAAAAACAUUA